AUGUCGCAACACGAAGUAAACAAUGAGGUCUUAAUUGUUAAGACUUUCCUUCAUUCUCUGCUCAGGAGUGCAACGACCUCUGUUGUGUGGGAUGUAAAGUGUACGGAUUAUUCUUCUGAAAGGUUAUUGGUUGGUGCGCCUUUGGGAAAGAAUCUUCAGCCAAAUACAACGAGAUCUGGUGCGCUGUGGAAAUGCUCCAUGAAUCCUGCACCAAAUGACUGCAUUCAAAUCAUUACCGAUGGCAAAAGGACGAAGUACGGCAAGAUAGACACGAAUUUGGAUUCUGAUCACCUGACUGCUCCUUAUUCGGACGAGAUAAAGGAAGGCCAGUGGCUUGGAGUAUCAGUAAGGAGUCAAGGUCCCGGUAAAAAAGCCGCAGUUUGUGCGCACAGAUACAUCCGGAUGCAAGGGGAGUUACAGUUUGGUCAGGGACUGUGCUACACACUCAGCAAUGAACUUCAACUUGUUGAUGUCAUGGAGCCUUGCAGAGGACGCUCUGUUUUAAGGGAACAUGAAGAAUAUGGAUUGUGUCAGGUUGGAACCAGCAGUUCGCUUUUGGAUGAUGACACUUUGAUCAUGGGUAGUCCAGGACCAUACACUUGGAGAGGGACUAUUUUCGCCCAAGACACCAGUGAUGAUGUUUUAGAGAGGGAUAACGUAGUUUAUAUGGCACCCGUUCAAGAUGGUGUCAGUCCCGUUGAGAAGUACAGUUAUUUAGGUAUGUCAGUCACCAGUGGUAACUUCUUCGGCAAUAAGGCAUCCUAUGUAGCUGGUGCACCACGGUCUCAUGGUACUGGCCAAGUAGUGAUAUUUAGUAAGCUUGCAACAGAAGAUUGGGGCAGAACAGAUCUGAAUAUCCUCAAUUUGUCGCUUCUCCUGAAGGGUGAACAGUUUGGUUCAAACUUCGGAUAUGAAGUAGCGAGUGCCGAUGUCAAUGGAGAUGGCUUACCUGACUUAUUAGUUGGAGCUCCUUUCUACUUCGCCCGCGACGUGGGUGGUGCGGUCUACUUGUAUCUCAACGUAAACCAAAGCCUACCGCUGAAACACAAUGUCAAGCUGACCGGCAAGCAAGAGUCCCAGUUUGGCAUCGCCAUUGCUAAUGCUGGUGACUUGAACAAAGACGGAUGCCAAGAUAUAGCUAUAGGAAGCCCUUAUGAAGGGAAUGGAGUGGUUUACAUUUAUAUGGGAAACAGGGAAAAAGGGUUGAACUCAAAGCCCGAUCAAGUGAUAACGGCCGAUUCAUUGCCGAUAGUAAUGAAAACUUUUGGCUAUGCCUUGUCUGGUGGCAUAGACUUAGAUGCCAAUGGAUACCCAGAUUUAUUAGUCGGCGCUUAUGAAAAUAGCAGCGUCGCUUUAGUAAGAACACGACCGAUCAUAGACAUCAAGACGUCUAUCCGACCAUCGAAUACAAUAAUAAACAUCGAUCCAACGAAACAAGGGUGCGAUAAAGACCCCAGCUCCAAUUACACUUGCUUCUACUUCCAAGCAUGCUGUAUCAUCGAAUCAUUAGUUAAGACAACACAAACGAAUAUACACAAACUUAAUUACGUCAUUGAAGCAGAAACAUUUCCCGGUGGAAGGAAAUAUUCAAGAGUUUUCUUUGACUCAGAUAAAAAUAAUAUUGUAAAUAAGACUAUUAUGCUUGGGAAAGAUGUCGAAGAUUGCAGAGGGCAUAUUGUUUAUUUGAAGAAUAAUACCAGAGAUAUACAGACACCCAUUAAGUUCCAAGUGACGUAUUUGCUGGUCCAUGCUGAACCGCGGUACUCAUCUCAGGGCACGAUUCCUGACAUAGACCAGUAUCCAGUACUGAAUGCGACCGCCACUACUAUGUUUAGUGCUAACUUCUUAAAUGACUGUGGGACUGAUGGAGUCUGUGUCAGUGAUCUGGUGGUAGAUCCUAAACUGCUGUUACCUUUGACAAAAGAUAACAAAACCUACGCGCUCACACUGGGCCAGGAGGAAGAAAUUAAGUUGUCGAUAUCGGUGGACAACUAUGGGGAAUCCGCUUACGAGGCACAGUUGUUUGUAAACCAUCCUCCGAAUCUGCACUACAUUGCUGUUAAUAUUAGUGACAAGCACGUGAUUUGUACAAGUUUAAACAAGACGACUGUCACGUGUAUGCUUGAGAAUCCAUUUAAAAAACAAGCUGAUGGUUCACCUCCUAUCACGAUGCGAUUUGACGCGCGAGCUCUUGAAGGCAAUGAUCAGUCAGUAUUGUUCACCGUGUGGGCUAAUUCUACGUCGAAGGAACUACAUUAUGGAAAGAAGCCGGUAGAAGUUGAGGCCUUGGUUAUAAAGAAUGCUAAGCUACUCAUUAACGGUGGUGCCCGUCCAGAACAAGUUUUCUACGGAGGAGAAGUAAAAGGAGAGUCAGCUAUGCGGUACUUCGACGAAGUUGGUACCAGAGUUGUCCACACAUAUCAGGUAUUUAAUGACGGCACAUGGCACGUAUCGACAGUGCAGGUGGUAAUUCAAUGGCCGCAUCAGCUCGCAUCAGACGGGUCACAGGGGAAGUGGCUACUGUAUCCUGAAGAUGUACCUACUGUUCAUGGAGAGGCUGAUCAAAACGGCGAAUGUUUCGCCCGAGACACCAACCCUCUAAACUUAACUGCACGUCCUGGUUCCCCCGAACCAUAUCUUGAAAACUUAGAAAUGGACCCCUUCCUCUCAAUUGGCAAGCUUAGUGUCAGCUCUAGUGAAAAGUCACACAAUGAGACAAGGAGGAAGUUUAUGGAGUACAGCACUAGUAAUAAAGUAAGAAGAAAACGGGAUGAGGACGCAGUAAAAGCUGAAGCAUAUACUGAUAGAAAACAUGUGAUCAAUUUAAACUGCCAGCAGAAGACAGCUAAAUGUAUACAGUUCCAAUGCGUUAUAUACAAGUUGGGUCGUAUGAAGACAAGUACCAUUAGCAUUCGGGCCAGGUUAUGGAACGGAACUCUCGUCGAAGAGUUUUCAAGGGCUGCACGAGUUAUCAUUGCAUCAAGUGCAUACAUCAGUUUUCCUGCGCAUUUAAACAUACACCAGAACAAGCAAUAUGGUGAUAAAGCUAUGGCGAAGUCGGUUGCAUAUCCAGACUUGAAGAUAAGCGAGCCAACAGAAGUACCUCUAUGGGUUAUCAUAAUAUCAGUGAUAGUGGGGCUUAUAGUGUUAAUACUACUCAUCAUUGCCUUAUGGAAGCUGGGCUUCUUCAAGCGAAGCCGGCCAGAUCCUACGCUUUCCGGGAACUUAGAGAAAAAUAAUCACGAAUCCAGCCCCUUUAUAGGUAGAGACAGAAAUAGUGUUCGAUAG